CCUCAUCUCCCCCGUGUAGCUAUCAGAAAUCAGAAUCAAAUGCUUUGAUGCCACCAAAAAGCCUUUCAAAUGUUCUCACCUAUAUAUACAAAUUCUUUUCUUUUGAGAGAAAUCCAUUUUCCUCAAACAGAAAUGGUACCCGCCAACCCCACCAUUGUAUUGUUUCCUACCUGAGGAAAUUUCCCAUUUGGCUUCUCUCCUCUCUCUCUCUCUCUCUCUCUCUCUCUCUCUCCCUCUUCCUUUCUUUCUCUUUCUAGUUAGUUUCUAUCUUUUCUAUCUUCCUUUCUUGUUUUGGUAUUGAAUCAUCUCCAAACUCACACACACUCACCUUUUCCUUGGUAGGUUGGUAGGUUCUUUCAUUCAUUCUUUCUUUUUUUUUUCUAUGUGUAUAAAGCAAGAAUCAUGAUGGGUUCUUCUUCUAAAGGAGGGAAUAAUAGUUAUGAUUACUCUUUCAAGAUUUUGUUGAUUGGAGAUUCUGGGGUUGGCAAGAGUAGUAUCCUCCUCAGUUUCAUCUCCAAUUCUGUUCAUGAUCUCUCUCCUACAAUCGGUGUUGAUUUCAAGAUCAAGAUGGUCAAUGUUGGUGGGAAACGAUUGAAGCUUACAAUUUGGGACACAGCUGGGCAGGAAAGGUUUGGAACAUUAAUAGGCUCUUACUACAGGGGGGCACAUGGAAUUAUCCUUGUUUAUGAUGUGACUCGCCGAGAGACAUUCACAAACUUGUCAGAUAUGUGGGCAAAGGAAGUGGAGCUCUACUCUACUAAUCAAGACUGCAUCAAAAUUCUAGUUGGUAAUAAAGUUGAUCGGGAUGAUGAAAGAGCUGUAAGUAGGGAAGAGGGAAUGGCACUUGCUGAGGAACAUAAAUGUUCAUUUCUUGAAUGUAGCGCUAAAACCAGAGAAAAUGUACUGCAGUGUUUUAAAGAGCUAAUACUAAAGAUACUGGAGGUACCUAGUUUAUUGGAGAAGGGAUCUGUAGUCAUCAAACAACAGGUUUUAAAACAGAAACAAGGAUACCAGGCACCUCGGAAUGGUGGUUGCUGCUCCUAAUUAAAGUGCUUAAGGUACAACAAACACAACUAUUUGCAGAAUCAAUGGAAGAUCCCUGACCAUUCGAGCUAAUGCCUACACCACGGUCAGUCUCUUGGAUACUCUUCACACUCCAACAGUAUAUGCUGUACGUAUACUCUAAAGCUCGAUCGAGGUAAUUCGAGCAAUUCUAGGAGGUGGGUUCUUAACAUCUUGUUCAUGUUAUUCCUCCAUUUUAAUAUUUAGGGUGUUGAUACAUAGUUCCUUUUCUUUUUUGAAUGUUUUUUCAAGUUAGUUUUUAGUUUGUUAAUGAAAUGUAUAGUUCAGUAUCAAAUGGUUUAUACUUUUGUACAAGCAGGGGUUGUAUACUUGAGGAAAAACAGAUGUAUAAACAUUGCUGAAUAUGGGGGAAAUAAAUAUCUUUCUCCUA